UCUGCAUCCCUUAUAAUAUCGAGUACUUCCUAAAAACUGGCGAAUUCUUUGAUAUAGUGAUAAACAUGGCAGUGUCUAACAUGGUGUUUUCUGAUGUCGAAACUUUCCUGGAUGACCACCCUGAAUUGUUUGAGGACUAUCUGAACAGAAAAGGGAAAUACAGUAUGGUAGAGAAAUGGCUCAAAACACACCAAGCAAAUAAAAAUGCCGCCACGGAAGCGGAGAAAUCCCAUGUGUGUAAGGACAGUUGGGCGAGUAAGGGAGACGGGCUGCAGCGGCGAGCAUCACAGAAGGAGCUGCGCAAAACUUUCGCCCGCUCCAAAGCCAUCAACGCGAACCGGACGUACGACGAGCACGUGCACUCCCGGGCUCAGGAGCCGCUGAGCAGCAUGCGGAGACGCGCGUUACUGAGGAAAGCCAGCUCCUUACCCCCGACUACAGCACACAUCCUCUCCGCGCUGCUCGAGUCGCGCGUCAACAUCCCGCAGUACCCGUCCACCGCCGUGGACUUUAAAUAUUACCUCAAAGAGCACAACGAACGCGAGUUCUUCCUGGAGCUGGUUAAAGACAUCUCCAACGACCUGGAUUUAACCAGCCUGAGCUACAAGAUUUUGGUGUUUGUGUGCAUCAUGGUCGAUGCCGACCGCUGCUCGCUCUUCCUGGUGGAGGGCACUGCGAAUAAAAAGACCCUGGUGUCCAAAUUCUUUGACGUUCACGCCGGGACCACUGUCCUGCCAUCCCUGAGUAACUCAGAUGAAGUCCAGGUUCCGUGGGGGAAAGGAAUUAUAGGUUAUGUCGCUGAGCAUGGAGAGACUGUUAAUAUCCCCGACGCGUAUCAGGACCAUCGUUUCAGUGAUGAGAUUGAUAAGCUAACAGGAUAUAAGACCAAGUCACUGCUGUGCAUGCCCAUCAGAAGCAGUGAUGGAGAGAUCAUAGGAGUGGCACAGGCCAUCAACAAGAGUCCUAGCGGUGCACUAUUCACCGAGGAUGAUGAGAAGGUGUUGCAGAUGUAUCUGCCCUUCUGUGGAAUCGCAAUCUCCAAUGCUCAGCUCUUUGCUGCAUCCAGAAAAGAGUAUGAUAGGAGCAGGGCUCUGUUAGAGGUUGUGAACGAUUUGUUCGAGGAACAGACAGACCUGGAGAAGAUUGUGAGGAAGAUUAUGCAUCGUGCUCAAACACUGCUCAAGUGUGAACGCUGCUCUGUACAACUGUUGGAGGAUAUUGAAUCUCCGGUAGUGAAGUUUACUAAGUCUUUUGAGCUACUGUCACCAAAGUGCAGUGCAGACACAGAGAACAGUUUUAAGGACAGUAUGGAGAAGUCCUCAUAUUCAGACUGGCUGAUUAACAACAGCAUAGCUGAGCUGGUGGCCUCCACUGGUCUGCCGGUCAACAUUAGCGACGCCUACCAGGACCCCCGCUUUGACGCAGAGGCGGAUCAGUUUUCUGGGUUCCACAUCCGCUCCGUCCUGUGCGUGCCUAUUUGGAACAGCAACCACCAAAUAAUUGGCGUUGCACAGGUUCUAAACAGGCUGGAUGGUAAACCAUUUGAUGAUGCAGACCAGAGACUGUUUGAGGCAUUUGUGAUAUUCUGUGGGCUGGGAAUCAAUAAUACAAUAAUGUACGAUCAGGUGAAGAAAUCUUGGGCCAAACAGUCUGUGGCCCUGGAUGUGCUGUCAUAUCAUGCCACAUGCUCUAAAACAGAAGUGGACAAGUUUAAGGCAGCGAACAUCCCUCUGGUCUGUGAGCUCGGCAUUGAUAAACUCCCCUUUGAUGACUUUUCUCUCGACGUGGACGCCAUGAUAACAGCAGCCCUACGCAUGUUCAUGGAGCUUGGCAUGGUGCAGAAAUUCAAGAUAGAUUAUGAGAUUCUGUGUCGGUGGCUGCUGACUGUAAGGAAGAACUAUCGCAUGGUUCUGUACCACAACUGGAGACAUGCGUUUAAUGUCUGCCAGUGCAUGUUCGCCAUGCUUACUACUGCAGGUUUCCAAGAGACCCUCUCAGAUCUGGAGAUCUUAGCGCUCAUUGUGGGAUGCGUGUGCCAUGAUCUAGAUCAUCGUGGAACCAACAAUGCCUUCCAAGCCAAGACAGGGUCUGCUCUAUCUCUUCUCUAUGGGACCUCAGCUACCAUGGAGCAUCACCACUUUAACCAUGCUGUUAUGAUCCUGCAGAGUGAAGGCCAUAAUAUAUUCUCUAAUUUAUCAUCCCGGGAUUAUGGAGACCUCAUGCAGCUGCUGAAACAGUCCAUCCUGGCCACAGAUCUUACAUUGUAUUUCGAAAACAGAAGUUGUUUCUUUGAGCUGGUGAAUAAAGGGGAAUAUAACUGGAAUGUUAAAGAACACAGAGACAUGUUUAGAUCCAUGUUAAUGACUGCUUGUGAUUUGGGAGCUGUGACCAAGCCGUGGGAAACCUCUCGCAAGGUAGCAGAGCUGGUCACCAGCGAGUUUUUCGAGCAGGGAGACAGAGAAAGAUCUGAACUGAAGCUGACUCCUUCUGCCAUCUUUGACCGUAACCGAAAGGAUGAGCUGCCAGGUUUACAGUUGGAAUGGAUUGAUGGUAUCUGUGCUCCACUGUAUGAGGCCUUUGUGAAACUGAACCCCAAACUCCAGCCGAUGGUCGACAUGAUUCAGGUGAAUCGUGCCAUGUGGGAGGAGCUGCACCAGAAGCGGCAGCGCAGCCAGGAACUGGCGACUCUCCCAAGCACUAACUGUGAUGGUUACAUUGGUGAAAAAGACACGCCCAAAGCUGCGAGUUAGCUCCUGCCCACCAUGCCACGUCUUGAUCUCUGACCUCUAACCUGCAACCCAACCACAGUGCUGUGCAUGUGGGGAGUUUUGGCUCUGCUGCAAGCUUCCAGCUGCUGGAGCGAUGAUGGCGAUCUGGUCUCACAGUGCCCCUGCUGGCUGCAUGUUUGAACUCUCACCACCGGGUGCAAGAACACCACUAGGCUGUGAUUGAGUCUCUGUUUGACCUGGAUGUUUUUUUUUCUCACCUGGAGAAGUCUGAGAAUAGCUCUAGACUCAGGAAGAGGCAGCGUCUCUAAUGCUAGAAAGACUAUAUAGAUGCUGUAUUGUAUUAACUGGCCUGCUGUGUUGUUAGGGAUGGCUAGGACCAAGCAUUGCCACUGUUUAUACAGGUUUAUUAUUAUAGUGUAACCAAUGAGUUUAGCUUUGAUUAUUUGGAAUGAAAAUCUUUCAAGAGUGCAGGAUCCUCUGUUUUGUAUUGUACAUAUUUUAUUUGAGGUUAUUGUUUAUGCUUGAGACAUGAUUGUGGGAUGGACGCUGUUUUUCACCUGAUGUAAUUAUUAUUGGAUCAGAGGUUUGCUGAGCUUAAAGGCUCGUGGCAAUGCUUGCAAUGCAGAUACAAUAGAGUGCUGCUAUUUGUGCCUUGGUUAAAAAUCCUUCAUGAAAGAUGCAUGUGGUCUCCUUUCAGCUUCAUAAUUAUCUAGAGACAAUGUUUUAUAUCAUUAAGAGUUGUGCAGCCGGUAUGAUGUCGUAAAAACUCCCUCUGGAUUUGUGAUGUUGCUGCUUGCGCCUAUUUUGGUUCCAUUAAUUAACUCAGGCGUGGUGUAAGAGGUCCAUGCAUUACCAUAGAGCAUUUACAUUAGCGCACUCAUCUAUAUUCACAAUUUUUACCUUAUUAGAGCUGAUCCAAGCAUUAGUCAUAUUACUUUGGGAACUCUGGUUCUGAAGUAGUGGACUAAAUUGCAGUCAUAUUACUUUUAUGAGUCCAAGCCAAUGCAGGAAGUACAUGUGCCUUUAUAAAUAUUAGUAAACCACAUUGUCUUCAAGCUAUGUUUUAUGACAUCAGCAUUGUUGAUACUUAAAUAUUUAGUAGAUUUGAUUAAAAUAUGCUUUCUCUCCAGAAAUAUUGCAUAAUUUUAUAGUUUUUUUCUUCUUUUGUAUAGGACUUCUAUCUGUCAGAAAAGGGGUAGAAUGUUAAAUUUAGCUAAAGGUAAAGGAAAAUGCACAUAAGCACAAUCGAAACACUGGAUCAGCUUAACCAAAAAGAAUACAGCUCCAAUAAGUGAGUUAAGAAACUCUGUUGCCCUUUGUGCCUGCUGCAAUAUGGCCACACAAUCAUAAUCCAUUCGUCGGUUACACUGAUACUGAUGUGCAGGUAAUGUCAUUCCACAUCAGCUGCAGCUGUGUUUAACCCUCUUUCAGACUGUUAUUCACUAACACAGCUGGACAUCCAGUAAAGUGAUCACAAUUAACUUUUACAUGACUUUAUACAGGUUUGUGGUUUUCAUAAUGAACCAUAAAUAUGAAUAUGCACAUAAAAAUCCAUAAUAAUCACAAGAGACACACAUUCAUAGGUCACAAAGGAAAAAGAAUGACGAUAUUUUAUGCAUUAGCUUUGUUUUUUGUUUUUGUUUUUUUUUGGG